AUGUCCCUCGAAGAGUCUCAGCCUGAACAUAUCUGUGACAAAAGCGAAUAUCUCCGGAGAACACGCUGGCAACGAGAGCUCCAGGGCGGCUACAGCAACUCGCUCUUGGUAGUGAUCGCAGAACGUCACAAGGCCAUCAAUGUGACCGUCGUACGCGCGGAUUGCGCUCAACGACUCGGCGUACUGCAAUGUGGAUUCGGUUGGAAGGAACGCUUUACACCAGUGGGCCCAGUGCAGACCUUCGAGCCAGUGCCCGGGAUUGUCGAGCACAACCAUAUCAAUUCCCAGAGCUUCGGCCGCAGUGGAGACGGUCUCUCUGUUCCCUCAAUAAUCAGGGCUGCGACGACCGCCUUCAACAGGGGCAGGGGUUUUACGUCGGGUUGCUGCAUUGACGGCCAAGGAAAUGAUAGCCGGUUGCUCACUAGCCGGCUCCUGGAUGAGGCGACUGCGGCGCUGGAUGCUCAGUCCGAAGCGAUGGUGCAAGAAAUGUUGAAUAAAGCUUCCGAGAAGAGGACCACGAUUGCUGUGGCACAUCAGCUGAGUACCAUCCAGCACGCGGACGUCAUCUGCGUGGUCGAGGCGGGGAGGUUGGUCGAGAUUGGCAAUCAUGAGGAGUUGAUGAGAAAAGACGGCGUGUAUGCUGGGUUGGUGGAGACGCAGAAUCGAGGAGUGGCCCCUGAGCAGGUGUUGUUCAGCAUGAUGGUUUAUCUAUUCUAG